CAGUCCGGAUGCGAAUUUGCUCGAGUUAUUACGUAAUUUCGUUUGUUUACUGAGCACAUGCAUUGUUGUUAAUAUUCAUAUUAAAUUAUUAAUGAGUGAUAAGUAUAAUUAUGAAUAGACACAGAGGUACUUCAAGUCGUUGCAGAAAGAUAUUAAAAUUGGUGAACUAUAGGAUACACGGUAUGUACCUACAUAUUAUUGAUUAACUACUUUUGUAAGUAAGAGGAUACACACUUUAAUCAAUGGAAAUUGGAUUCUUAUUAUUCUUUCCCUUUAUAACAACUUUAUAACAACCUUUUUAGUUAAAUGUAAUAAGAACGAAAAUCACCUGACACCGGCACCGCGCGGCGGUUGCCUAUUAUUUAGCUCAUUUAUUGUCUUAUGUAUUAUGUAACUAUUCUCUUUAGAAGGAUUAUUUGCUUUUACAGGCUCAGCUGAUAUUGUAUCGAGUAAACAUUUUUUGAUCCAUGUUAAGUACUUUUUUUUCAGACAAUAUUAUUAAUGAAGAUGACAGUAGUAUUGAACUUGAAGAACAAAAUGAAAUUAAAGGUGAGGAUGAUGAAACUUUUUCUUUGGUUGUUGGUUAGAUAUAAUAUAUAUUAUAUAUAUAUUUCAAACUUACCAAGGGCUGCGUGGGGGUGAGGGGCUGAGUGUAAAUGAAGUAAAUAGUUAUUGAAAACAUAGUAAUGUAGUCAUUUGAGUAAUUUGUUUCAGAAAAUUUCACAUAUCUUUCGCGAAGUUCUUUCCCCAUUGAUGGCAUAUCAGACCUCAAAGAAGUCAACUCAGAACCUGAUGAUUUUAUUACACCGGCUCCAUUAAUAGUAGUAAAUGUAUCUCCACAUGAUAAUAAUACCUCACCACCAAAUGUACCAACAAAUGAUAUUUUAGAUAUUUCUCAUAAUGUUAUUGAAUCAUUACUACCUGAAAUGGAAUACCCUACUCCAUUGCAAUCUGUAAAUAAUAAUGAUGAUUUACAGACUACUGAUAAUUCUAUUGUAAUGACUCCAUCAACCCAACAAAAAAUAGAUUUUAUAGCCACGCCGACUGUUUUAUACAUUAAUAAUGAUUACGAUCUAAGAAAUAUUUCCGACUUAGAGGGUUUUUUACAUAGUAUUGAAACACAAAAUAUAUCACAGGAUAUUGUAACUACAGAAUCGGAGGAAAGACCCGUCACUCCUAUAGAACCGCUUACGAAAAAGAGAAAAAUAGAUCCUAAUUUAUGGAAAGAUCGCAAAAAUAAAACUCUUAAAAAUUCUGGUAAAAGUUAUGAAAGUGUUAGAACUAAAAAGCAAAACGUAGAAAAAUCUAUAGGUCCACCAUGCAACUGCAAACUGAAAUGUUACGAAAAGAUACAGCAAAAUAUGAGGAGUAAAAUUUUUCAAAAUUUUUGGGCUAUCGGGGACCACGAAAGACAAUGGGAUUUUAUUAACCACCAUGUAAAAAAAGAAAACGUCAAAAAAAUUACAGUUGAACGUAAAAAUAAUCGUACUCAAACAUUAACAUAUCAACUUUUCGAUGAUACUAAUUCCAUGAUUAAAGUUUGUAAAACUAUGUUUUCAAGUACCUUGUCUAUUACACAGCAAGUAGUAUACACAGCUAUUGAUAAAUUGGGAGAUGACAAUUAUUUAAAAGAUUACAGAGGAACUCAUAAGAAUAGGCCAAGAAGAAUGUCAGAAGAGACUGAGAAAAGUAUAAUUGACCAUAUAAAUCUAUUUGAAAGAGUUGAAUCACACUAUACUCGUAAAGAUAGUCAAAAGCAAUAUCUGUGUGAAACAUUGAAUGUCUCUAAAAUGCACCGACUAUAUUUAGAAUGGAUAGAUGCAAACCACCAGUACAAUCAAACAUGCAAAGCAACUAAACGGCAGUAUGAAAUAAUAUUUAAUACGAAGUUUAACCUAUCCUUUCACAAACCUAAAAAAGAUUUAUGUGAAAUAUGUUCAAUUUACCAAACUUCUGAUGAUGUUAGAAAAGAACAGUUAAAAACUGACUAUGAAAAGCACUUGAAAGAAAAACAAAUGGUAAGGCAAUUAAAGGAACAAGAAAAGGAAAAAUUUUGUACAGGUGACAGUGUUGUAGCAUGUUUUGAUCUGGAAAAAGUGUUAAAUAUCCCCCAAAGUGAAGUAGGCAUAUUUCAUUAUAAACGAAAGUAUCCUGUAUACAAUUUCACGAUUUAUAAUAUCUUAGAGAAGAAAGGUUACUGCUAAGUCUGGCAUUGUCAAAUUGCGAAAAGGGGUGCGAUAGAAAUAGCUAGUUGUCUUUGGUCAUUUAUCCAGGCACACGUUGAAUUAGGAAUAAAAAACAUAUCCUUUUAUUCUGAUUCAUGCGCAGGGCAAAAUCGUAAUCGUUUCGUAUUCGCCAUGUUUUCUUUAGCGGCGAAGAAAUACAACAUAAAAAUAACACAUAGGUUUUUGGAGAAAGGUUAUAGCCAAUCGGAGGGCGAUUCUAUGCAUGCUGCUAUUGAGCGUUCUAAUAAAAAGCAUACUAUCUACACACCUGAUCAAAUGUAUUCCUUGAUAGAGAAUGCCAAAGUUACCGGGCAUAAGUAUCAAGUAAAACAAAUGACGCAAGCUGAUUUCAUAGAUUUUAAAGAAUUAAUUAAAGGGAAGAAUUGGUUAAAAGAUACAGAUGGUAAUAAAAUUUACUGGAGCAAAAUUAAAGAAGUAGUUUUUCCUUAUAAUCAAGCUGAUACAGUUUACUUUAGAUACAGUUUUGAAGACGAAUUACAAGAGAUGCAAGCUAUUACGAGGACUAACUCACGAAGGCGACGAGGGGAACCUAUAGAACACGCUGAAAACCUAAAACUCGCAUACACUGGAAUGCUACCCAUACCUCUUCCUUUAUAUAGAGAUUUAAUAAGUCUGUGUGACUCGGGAGCCAUACCAAACCAUUACCAGUGUUUUUACAGAAAUCUAGUGCCAUUAAAUCCCACUUCAGUUACCAACGAUAGUGACGCGGAGAAUUAUUAGUAACCACUUAUUAGUUGUUUUCUGUUAGAUUUUUCUUGUUUUUGUUUUAGUAAUAAUAUACUUGAUAAGUACCUACUUCGUUCUAAAUUGAAUAAAUAAAUAGUAAUUAUUCUUAU